UCGCCAUCGCCAUCGCCAUCACCAGUUGAGCAGCUAGUAUGUUCUCUAAAUAGUCAAUUACCGUUUUUAUGCAUGUCGUUUUUCAAGAUCUCUUCUGUUUACAAACGUGAGAGACAAUAUUUUUAAUUUUAGGCAGAGGAGUAUGCUUCAAAAUUUGGCGGAAUAAAUAUUACCAGAAGGACUUCCCUACAGGUAUCUAAUUCCACAUGACUUAAAGGCUUUUUAACUUUGGUGUAUGUUUUUAAACGAUAAAAAAGUAAAUACCUGACCUUUAAGGAUAAACCACCACUAAGCCAUAUGAGGUAAAAAUGGUGAAGCUUAAAAAAUAAUCCAGGCUCCCAAAAGAGUUCUCUGGCCAAUGAAUACCUUGUACACCCUUUGGAGCUUUAAUAUGAAUUGUAUAUACAGUAUGAGACUGCCUGUUUAAUGACCUGGAAAUAUUUUACGUAAUUGUAGGAGGCUGUUACUGCGUAUGAAGAUUUCACCUUAAAAAUCAAGAACGUCACAAAAGACAAGGCCGGCAUAGAAGAGGUUAAAACACUGAAAAAAUCCAUCUUUGAGGUGGCAGAGGCCGUCGAGAAAUUUGCUCUUAAUUACGGCAACCGACACCUGAGAGGAAUGAGGCAUUCAGAAAGGAUCGUUUCCUCCAAAAUUGGUGAGUUUGCGGCCUUUAAUCCUGUUUAGUUUCAAAGUCUAUUCCUCUGUUACUUACUAACUUGCUGACUGUUUCACUGAGUUGUCUAAUUUCCUAUGGCUAAAUGAUGUAAGACUCAGCUAUUAGCCCAACUUAUCAGAACUGUUAUUGUUGGAUGUCAUCGAUUCAUCUGUGUUUUUUUUUUCAAUUUGUUUGAUACUUUGAUUUUUCGUGGUGGAGAAGGAAAUUGAACGUUUUCUUAAACAAUCAAUAGGAGAGAAUAGGAAUCCUUAAAAUUUUGAAACCCUUCUUCUUCAUCUGUAUAUUGAAACUCUUCUUAAAUAAUAGAUUGGUGAGUAACACUUUACUAACUAAAAUCAAAUCUUAGAAAUGCUUUACGCCUACUUCAUACCGUACACUGAGCUAAAAAUUGGCCUGUCGUCUGCGACGCACAUUAAUGCAGAUUUUUAACCGUACGCUUCAAAAUUCCCUAAUGAACUCUAUAGUUCUCCAACGAAACGGUUCGAGGAACGAAUUGAGUUUUCACAAUUUUAGUCCGUGCAGUACUACGCACUUUUUCAUCAGUUUUACAUUGAAAAAUUUUGUAAAUGGUUGAAUGUGUCCAAUAGUCGUUGAAGGGCAAAUAGGAUACAUACAAUACACUUCCAACCAAUAAGAUUAUGAAAUAUUUGUGUGCACCGCAAAAUGGAGGUUUGUGUAAGUGUACUAUUGUAAAUUUCACCGUAGGUGCUUUCAUUUGUCAUUUUUUCUUUCCGACAGUUUUGGUCAUUCAAAAAGCCUAUCGCCAGAAUGUAAGUGGCUUCAACUUUGAGGAACAACGAUGGCGAGCAAGAGUCGGUAUCGCUUCUUCAAAUUUUGAGAAAAAUGGUUCGUAUGAACUAGUGUGGUAACUUUACAACUUUUAGUAUUACCUUGGUUUCUCCAAUAGCAAUUUCUGUAUUUAAAUAAAGCCUCAUGUAAGGGCACUUCCUUAUUUUACAUAGUCUAUCUUCUUUAAUCAUUCGCCUUCCCUAAAAUGUCACAUACCUCAGAGCCUGAUAAAAAUUUCAAUUUUGUGUUUUUUUUGUUGUUGUUUGAUAACAUGUUUUGUUGAUCCUUGGGGCGUUUAAAGGAUCAAUGGUGGUUGUAUGUGUGUACAAGGAUCUGCAUGACCUACUUCUGACAGAUCAAGCCAUUAGGAGUGAAACAGACAACCAAAGGUGCCAAUAUUUUCAUAUUACUCCAUGUCGUUUACCUCCAAAAACACAUAACACGGAAACACAUAAGAUCUAAGUUUAACUAAACUAAACUGAGAAACUUCCCAAAAACCCUUACUAUGGUUGGAAUACUAAAUGCUUGUCUCUGACCAUUCCACCUUCAUGAAAAAUUAGCUAAUUGAAUCUACCAAAAAAACUGUAAUAUUGCUUCCUUGGUUCUGAUCCAUUUUCAAAUACAAUUUCUUCAUAGGUAUAUCAACUCCAGGAUAAUGGCCGUAACUAUGGACCCCAAGCCAGAGAAAUUG